AUGCUUGGGUGCUCAAGGGUGCAACUGAACCUGGGCUCAGACGCAGAUUUCCGCUUUCUAAGCUCUUUCACCAAUAGGGAGGGGAAGGCAAGAAAACCUAGGUUCAAGAUGAGCAAGCCCGUGAAGAUCGGGCCAUGGGGUGGCGAUGGAGGCGAACCUCGCGACAUCGAAUACACUCCUCUCGCACUAGUUCGUGUGGCAAUUCGUAGCGGGGACGCAAUCAACGCUAUCGGGUUUACUUACGUGGAUACCAGUGGGAAUCUGCAUGAGGAGGAAUGGGGAGGCUCCGAGGGGGAGAAAUUUGAGGAGUUGCUCCUUCAAGAAUUAGAAUAUGUGUUGGAAAUUUCAGGAACGUAUGGUUCACCCCCUGAAUCAUAUGCAACAUCUCUUGAAUUGGUUACCAACAAGGGUCGGACUAUCCGUGGCGGCAGUGCCGGCUCUGGGGGUUCUUUCAACGUCCCGCUAGUUUCCGCCCGGAUCAUCGGCUUCUUUGGAGCUGCGGGGACGACUUACAUUGACUCCUUUGGCAUGUAUGCGGGCUUUGCUGCAUGA